AUGGCUAUGCAGUGGGUGUACAGAGAGGAGUUACGGGAGAACGAGUAUGUGUAUUAUUGUGUUUGUAUCUUUGCUACCAUCUCAAUUAUUCUGUUCCUUAAUAAGCAAGACCUCUUUGGGGAUAAAGUGACCAGAGUCCACCUGAGUAUAUGUUUUCCAGAAUACGAUGGGCCAAACACAUUUCAAGAUGCUGCCAACUACAUCCAGAAUCAAUAUCUAGAACUCAACAUGAGGAAAGAUGUGAAAGAAAUCUGUUCCCACAUCACCUGUGCUACAGACACUCAUAAUGUCAAGUUUGUGUUUGACGCUGUGACAGACAUCAUUAUCAAAGAAAACCUUAAAGACCGUGGCCUUUUCUGA